GAUUUCAUUGUCCAAAAGAUAAGAUUGCAAUCCUGUUUCUCGAUAAGCCUCUUCUUCUUCUUCAUCUUCUCCGUCGAGUACACUCCCUUUCCCUCUACAGAUCCCAACGGUACCAUUCCAGUUCCUGUGAGGUGCUUCUUCACCUCCCAGUUUUUCUAUUUCAUCACUCCCAUGGUUCCCUUUCUUUUUUCUCAGGCUUCCACUACGACUUGCCCACUCCUUUUCAUUCCAACCCCACUUCUGCAAAUCCACCCAUCUCGCUUCAAACACCACCCCCGCCGAACCCCUUUCCCUAUAAGGUCAAUCUCCCAAAACCCAUAUCAGUUUGCCGAUCAAAACCGUCGAUGGGACCUGCAGAGACAAGACCCACCAAGGACUCUCUUCCCCGGCGGCUACAAGCGGCCCGAGAUCAAAGUUCCCAGUUUUGUACUCCAGUUGGAUCCCGGGGACGUCUUAGGUGAAGAUGCUGCAUUGGAUUUGAUCGACAGGGCCGUGUCCAAAUGGGUCGGGAUUGUCGUUCUCAAUGGCGGCGGCCAAACUACUGGUGGGAAGGUCUACGAAGCCGCUUGCAAACUAAAAGCCGUAAUUAGAGACCGCGCCUAUUUGUUGGUUGCUGAACGAGUCGAUAUCGCCGCCGCAGCUAAUGCUAGUGGGGUUGUGCUCUCUGAUCAAGGCCUUCCUGUUAUUGUAGCAAGAAAUACAAUGAUGGAUUCAAAGUCUGAUUCAGUGGUCCUUCCUUUGGUGGCAAGAAAUGUGCAAUCCGUGGAAGCUGCAUUAGAUGCAUCUAUAUCUGAAGGAGCUGAUUUUCUUAUUUAUAAUUUUGAUGACGAGAAAAAUGUGGAUGUAAUUUUGAACACUGUAAGUGAAAAUGUCAAGAUACCGAUUUUUGUCAUGUUUAGUACAGAUGAUGAGGACAAGUUCAUUACGGAGGCAUCAAAAUUGCUCAAAUUUGGUGCUAGUGGAUUAGUUACUUCUUUGAAUGGUUUCGAGAAGUUCAGUGUUAAUGCUUUGAACCAUUUGUUCCAUGAUGUGUACACACUAAAUAGAAAGGUCCAAGAUGAGUUUGGUAAUUUAAAUGAGAAUAAGUUGAUGAGUGCGGAUAAUGGCUUUGGUAGUGAUUCUGCUGAAGAAAGAGUUGCUGGCUUUGUGAAGUUGGAGGAACGAGAAAAACAGUUCAUAGAAAGAGAGAGAUCAGUGUUGCUGAAAGCAAUAGAUGUCAUUUGGAAAGCUGCUCCUCUGAUGGAGGAGGUUUCGCUUCUUAGUGAUGCAGUUUCUCAGAUUGAUGAACCGUUUUUACUGGCUAUAGUGGGUGAAUUUAACUCUGGGAAGUCAACUGUUAUUAAUGCGCUUCUUGGAAGAAGAUACCUAAAAGAUGGGGUUGUUCCUACAACUAAUGAGAUCACUUUCCUGCGCUAUUUUAAAUUGGAUUCUGGCGAAGAACAACGUUGUGAAAGGCAUCCAGAUGGUCAAUUUAUAUGCUACCUUCCUGCCCCUAUUCUUAAAGGAAUGAACAUAGUCGAUACACCUGGAACAAAUGUGAUUCUUCAGAGGCAACAACGCCUUACUGAGGAAUUUGUGCCCCGUGCAGAUUUGCUUCUUUUUGUUAUAUCCGCUGAUCGUCCUCUAACUGAAAGUGAGGUUUCUUUUCUUCGUUAUAUUCAGCAGUGGAAGAAAAAAGUUGUGUUUGUCUUGAAUAAAUCUGAUCUCUAUCGGAAUGCUGAUGAGCUUGAGGAAGCUAUGUCAUUCAUCAAGGAAAACACACAGAAGUUGCUGAAUGCUGAAGAUGUAACAAUAUAUCCUGUGUCUGCACGAUCUGCGCUUGAAGCAAAACUCUUAAAAUCCCCAGAUCUUGAAAAGGAAUAUGAAGAACUAGCUUUAUCUGAUUCUCACUGGAAAAACAGUGCCUUCAAUGAUCUUGAAAAGUACUUGUAUAGCUUUUUAGAUGGGUCAACAAGUACUGGAAUGGAAAGAAUGAAGCUUAAACUUGGAACACCCAUUGCAAUUGCUGAAAGACUGAUUUCUUCCUGUGAAGCUCUUGUGAGACAGGACUGCCGGUAUGCUAAACAGGACUUGGCGUCGAUAAAUGAUAUAAUUAGCAGUGUAAAAGAUUAUGCAAUGAAAAUGGAAGGUGAAAGCAUAUCUUGGAGAAGAAAAGCUUUAGCAUCGAUUGAUAAAGCAAAAUUACGAGUUAUGGAGCUCAUACGUAGUACAAUGCAAUUAUCAAAUCUAGAUCUUGUUGCUUCGUAUGUGUUCAAAGGGGGAAAUUCUUCUACAUUUCCUGUCACCUCAAGGAUUCAAAAUGAUGUAAUGGGUCCUGCACUUAUGGAUGCACAAAAUUUCCUUGGAGAAUAUGUACAAUGGUUACAUUCCAACAAUAUUCGUGAAGGGAAGCUGUACAAGGAGUCAUUUGAAAAACGUUGGCCGUCAUUUGACUACCCAAUCAGUCAGUUGCAUUUUGAGACAUUUGAAUCACUGAAAAAGGUUGACGAACUUAGCUUGGGAGUGGUUCGGAACUUCAGUGGCCCUGCUGCUUCUAAAUCGUUUGAACAAGAAAUUCGAGAGGUGUUCCUGGGAACGUUUGGUGGACUUGGAGCAGCCGGUUUAUCUGCUUCACUUUUGACGUCUGUUCUCCCAACAACAUUAGAAGACCUUCUUGCACUUGGACUUUGUUCAGCUGGCGGGUUAUUAGCAAUUUCAAACUUCCCGGCUCGUAGGCAAGCAGUGAUAGACAAAGUGAACAAAACAGCGGAUUCCUUGGCUCGUGAACUUGAAGAGGCCAUGCAGAAAGAUCUCGCUGAAGCGCUGGACAACUUGGAAUGCUUCGUAAAAGUAGUUGCCGAGCCUUACCAAAAUGAGGUGCGGAAUAAACUAGAGAAGCUACUUACGAUUCAGGCUGAAAUAUCAGAGGUUGGGAAAGAACUGCAAGCUUUACAGAUUGAUAUCCAAAAUCUUCAUGUUUCAUGAUACUGAUUUUGAAAAUUUAUCAGAUGGGGUGGCGGGUGGAAUGACUAGAUUAGCAGGGUUUAUCUGCAUUUUUCUUCUUUUAAUGUACAAGCUUGUAAAGUAUCAUUAUUUAUCAAUAAAUAAAAGCAUAUGCUUCUCACUC